UAUAUGCUCCCCUGGAUCUUUCCUGUUGCAAUCUUGCUACUAGGCUCCCAUGCUACAUGCUCACGGCCAGCAUCAGAUCAACCACAGGCAGCUGUUCACCCCCGUGUCCAUAUCAGAGACUCAGUCUUCUCGUCCUCAAAAACAUCUCCCACCAUCGGCAUGGCUCCCAAUGCUCCUUUUUCUACUGCCACAGAAAAUCGCCGGCCUUGUACGGCUUAAUCAAUAUGGAAAAGCUCUUGCCGGUUUUAACAAUGAGAUACAACGCACGUUAAUCUUGUACAAAAGUCCACCAUGCCUACACAACAUCAGAGCAAGCCGGCAGCCAUGGAAAGCUUCGAGCUAUCCUUGCUCCGCAUUGUAAUUCCCAUCGUUCUCCUUGCUUCAAUCGUUGCCGAGGAGCUGCCAGCCGGCGACGAUGAGCUCCAGACGUUCAUCGUGCACGUUCAGCCGGCCGAGAAUCAGGUGUUCGGCACGGCCGACGAUCAGGCAGCGUGGUACAGGUCGUUCCUCCCAGAGGACGGCCGGCUCCUCCACGCGUAUCACCACGUCGCCAGCGGCUUCGCCGCACGGCUGACGCGCCGGGAGCUCGACGCGAUGUCCGCCGCCCCAGGGUUCCUCGCGGCGGAGCCGAACGAGAUCUAUCAGCUGCUGACGACGCACACGCCCCGGUUCCUCGGACUGGACGUGCCACAGGGCGUGAGCGCGAGAAACCAUAGUGUUUCAGGGUUCGGCGACGGUGUCAUCAUCGGCGUGCUCGACACCGGCGUCUUCCCCUACCACCCGUCGUACAGCGGCGAGGGCGUGCCGCCGCCGCCGGCCAGGUGGAAGGGGCGCUGCGACUUCAACGGCUCGGCGUGCAACAACAAGCUCAUUGGCGCGCGGUCCUUCGAGUCCAACCCUUCGCCGCUCGACGAGGACGGGCACGGCACGCACACGUCGAGCACCGCGGCGGGCGCUGUCGUGCCGGGCGCCCAGGUCCUCGGCCAAGGCCUCGGCACCGCUUCCGGGAUCGCGCCCCGCGCGCACGUCGCCAUGUACAAAGUGUGCGGCGACGAGUGCACCGCCGCCGACAUGCUCGCCGGCAUCGACGCCGCCGUGGGCGACGGCUGUGACGUCCUCUCGAUAUCCCUCGCCGCCGGCGGGCCAGCGGUGCCGUUCUACAAAACUAGCCUCGUCAUUGGCACGUUCGGCGCCGUAGAGAAGGGCGUCUUCGUCAGCAUCGGAGCCGGCAACAGCGGCCCCAACGCCAGCACGCUCUUCAACGACGCGCCGUGGAUGCUCACCGUCGCGGCGAGCACCGUGGACCGUUCGAUCGGUGCCCAGGUUCGCCUCGGGAACGGCCUCUCGUUCGACGGCGAGUCCUUGUACCAGCCGGACAUCUCGGCAGCCGUCUUCUACCCGUUGGUCUACGCGGGCGCCAGCUUUGCACCCGACGCGCGGUUCUGCGGCAACGGCUCGCUGGACGGCUUCGACUUCAAGGGCAAGAUCGUGUUCUGCGACCGUGGCAAUGGAGUCGGGCGGAUUGAGAAAGGUUCCGAGGUGAAACGAGUCGGAGGUGUCGGCAUGAUCAUGGCCAACGAGUUCCCUGAUGGCUACAGCACGCUUGCCGACGCGCACGUCCUCCCAGCGUCGCACGUCAGCUACGCCGCCGGAGUGGCCAUCAAGAAGUACAUCAACUCCACGGCGAACCCAGUGGCGCAGAUCGUCUUCCAGGGCACGGUCCUUGGCACGUCGCCGGCCCCGGCCAUCAUUUCAUUCUCUUCACGCGGGCCCAGCCUCCACAACCCCGGCAUUUUGAAGCCCGACAUCACCGGGCCCGGCGUGAGUGUACUGGCAGCGUGGCCGUUCCAGGUCGGCCCUUCGGCGGCGACCGCGGACCUCGGAGCGACCUUCAACUUCGUCUCCGGCACGUCCAUGUCGACGCCGCACCUCAGCGGCGUCGCGGCGCUGAUCAAGAGCAAGCACCCGAACUGGUCUCCGGCGGCGAUCAGGUCCGCCAUCGUGACAACCGCCGAUCCCAUCGACCGCUCCGGGAAUCCGAUCCUGAACGAGCAGCAUCUGCCGGCCGACUUCUUCGCGACGGGCGCCGGCCACGUCAACCCGGACAGGGCCGUCGACCCCGGCCUGGUCUACGACAUCGAUCCCGCCGAGUACGUCGGCUUCCUCUGCAGCAUCUACGCGAGCCAGGACGUGUCCGUGAUCGCGCGGCGCGCGGUGGACUGCUCGGCGGUCACGGUAAUCCCGGACCACGCGCUGAACUACCCGUCCAUCUCGGUCUCGUUUCCGCCGGCGUGGAACUCCACGGCCGGCCCGGCGGUGGUGGUGCGCCGCACGGCGAGGAACGUCGGGGAGGCGCCGGCGGUGUACUACCCCUACGUGGACCUGCCGGCGGGCUUGGUGCACGUCGCGCCGAGCUCGCUGCGGUUCACGGAGGUGAACCAGGAGCAGAGCUUCACGGUGUCCGUGUGGCGAGGGAAGAGUGGCACGGCGAAGGUGGUGCAGGGAGCGCUUCGGUGGGUGUCCGACAAGCACACCGUCAGAAGCCCCAUCUCCAUCACAUUUGAAUGAUCCUUCCACCAAAAAAAAUAGGUUGUUCCUUCUUCGUGCCCCACUACCAGUGGCACUCACGCACUACUCAAUCAAAAUUAAAGUAGGAGCGAUCUUUGAGAUUUGAACUUCUCUAAACAUGUAAUUGCUCGAUUGCGAUGAUGAUUAGUGAGAUCAUCAGAAUAUAUACAUGGGUAGUUUCAGUUUUACUUAUUUAAUCAGAAACCUUCUCCCUCUAAUUCCAGAUACAAA